UCCUUCCGCGUCACCGGUCUCACUCUCCGCGUCUCGUUCUGGUCGACAGUCUGGCUCAGUGUGAACACGGAGAGACUCCAGCGCUUAUAACACCAAACAAUAUCGCGUCUCCAGUUGUGCAUGGAUGCAGACAGGUGUGAGGGCAGGAACUAGUGGAAUCUAGUGGAGUGUACACACACACACACACACACACACACACACACAAACACACAAACACAAACCAUGGCCACUGCCAGCAGAGUGGGCUCGGGAAGAGCUGGUUGGGUGGCGUUCGCAGAUGAAGCUUUCGGGACGAGCACAGAGCAUCAAGCAGAUGUGGACAGCAGCUUGCAGAGGCCUAGCCCCGCCCCUUCUGAGAACUCUUCCAGUGUUGAGCUGUUAGCCCCACCCCCUCAGCAGAACGCAUGGGUCUUAUUCGAAGAGAAGCCCUGGCCCUCGCCCAAUCCGCAGGUAAAAGGUACUUCUAGACACAGUGUCUGUUCCACAGCCAGUUUCUGGAGCGCCGUCCCGCCCUCAGAGAGCAGCUGGACCCAAUCAGAACCAGGCUCAGUCUGGACCACACAAUCAGGGAAGAGCUCUGUGAGCAUGGGGGCGUCAUCUUGUGAUCUUCCCUCCCUAAACGCAGAGGAACGGCACAAUGAGUCGUCAUCCCGACCCCAGUCACCCAAUUCGUCAGUGUUCCAAGAGGAUGAAGGUAUAGAGAUGGAUUCAGUCAGCUGGACUUCCAACACUAAACUCCCCGGCACCCAAUCAGAGACCCCCAUUUCCUCUGGACGCUUCUCAUCCUGGGUGACCUUCGACGAUGACGAGGAGGACAAGCCCCACCUCCACCACCGGGAGCAGCCAUCCCACAUACGAUUUGAUGAUCUCAGCCACUUCCAGGAUGCCAACAGUAACCUGAUUGGUUCUCCUCCCAACAUUUGGAAGCAGAACGGGAACCAGCAGAACCAGAACCGCCACCUCCUGGACCUGACGCCGGAUGGAAACCCUCCUAGAACCCUUCUGACUCAACCUAGAACCGCUCCCCUGCUCCCCGGUAGGACUAAACCUUACACCAAGAAGAACCCUUUCCUGUGUGAAGAGUUCAAUGACAUCCAGCCCUCUCCCAUCAACCCCUUUAGUUCCUACUUUGACUGUAAACAGGAAGUGGCAUCACAGACGAUCCAGAGUAAUGGCUCCGCCAACCACCUGGAGAGCUCUCCCUGUGCCUUCUCCUUUAGCUCUCCUUUCUUCCAGUCUUUCAGCUCUCACAGCCAAGAGGCCAAACGAGAGUCCAUUCUAGUCUUCUCCUCCGAGUUUGAGCCCACCGGAGGAGGAGGGGAAGAGACAGUCAGCCAUGUCACUCCUCCCUUAGACAGACUAGACCUGGAUCAGCUGAGAAACCUCCAGAUCACAGACCCAGACGAUCCAGGCAGCCCAACUCUGCCUGAUGACUUAGUGGAGGAUACGGAGGAGGCGAAGGAAGAUGGGUUGGAGGGAGAGGAUGAGAGCGCCCCCUACCUCCCAGAUCAUAUGACCCCCCAAGAUGGCUGGGCCAUGCUGCUCCGUAUACCAGAGAAGAAGAACAUCAUGUCGUCACGCCACUGGGGGCCUAUCUAUGUCCGUCUGUCUGACGACGGCGUGCUCCAGAUGUUCUACGAGAAAGGUCUGGAAAAACCCUUCAGGACCCUGAAACUGGACCCUCGCUACGAGGCAGCUGAACACCGCCUGCAGAACUACGAAGAAGCCGGCCGCGUCCACACGCUCAGUGUGGACCUCGUCCAAUACCGCGAGAGGAGGCGAAUCCAGCCGAAGUCACCCGUCACCCACCAGCCAAUCCGUGAGCAGCUGGUGAAGCUGGGCACCACCUGUUACCACGACUUCCUGAGUUUUCGUCAUGCGCUGGUGGAGGUGCUGAGGCGGUUGCCGGCAGUGACGGGUGGGGCGUUGACGGGGUCGCCCAUAGGGGCGGGGCUGACAGAGGAGGAGGUUCAGGUGGAGGUGAGGGACGAGUUCUACGGGACGGUCGCUGCGGGAGAUGGGAGGAUUCUGAAGCAGCUUGUGAUGACUCGUGUGCACGUGCUGGCCUUCCUCUCUGGGUCGGCAGGCUGCCGCCUCGGACUCAAUGAUGUGCAGGUCAAAGGUAAGGAGGUGGUCUCCAGACAUGACAUCAUCCCCAACACCACCACACGCUGGAUCCGCUUGCGUGACUGCGAGCUUCAUGACGAACACGCAGAUGAACUAGAGUUCCUGUCGUCACGCCAAGUUGUCUUCACACCGCCGCCCUGCCGCCGCUUCCAGCUGCUGGCCUUCCGCACGGCCUUCGCUGAGAAGACCCUCCCCUUCACGCUGCGCACUGUUGCCUCCGUCCGCGGUGCCGAGGUCACCCUGCAGUCCUGGCUGCUGAUGUCACAGGGGUUCUCGUCCAAUCGGGACACGUUGAACCUCAUCCCCUGCGAGAAUGUGGCGAUCCGCUACCCCAUUCCUGAGAUUUGGGCCAAGAACUUCCGUCGGGACGGGGUGAUGGGGGAGAGGUCACUGAAGGCGAGGUUCAACAAGGGUGCCAGCUUCGGCACGGCGAGUACUUCCGGGUCAGAGCCAGUGAUGAGGGUGACCCUUGGCACGGCCAAGUAUGAACAGGCUUUUAAAGCUGUGGUGUGGAGGCUCAGCCGCCUGCCUGACAAAAACUCUGCGUUGGGUCACCCCCACACCUUCUUCUGUCGUCUGGAGCUUGGUUCGGACCGGGAAGUGCCAGCCUCGCUGCAGAGCCACCUAGAGGUAGAGUUUGACAUGCCUGCCGCCUCUGCCUCCAAAGCCACCGUCCGCUCCCUCUCUGUAGAGGACAGGGCAGACGCCAAGAAGUGGAUCAACUACAAAUCACACUACUCCUACCAGGUGCCUAUAGAACAGAAGACAGGCAGCCUCUCAGAGAGCAGCAGCCCUGCACUGGACCAGGACCAGCCUGGAGAAUGUGCUCAGCAGUGAACACACACACACAGACAGACGGAUGUUGGGAGGGAGGAUUUGAUGACUGCUUUUUUAACAGGAGAAGGGAGAAAAGUCACUUUUUGCACUUUGAAGAACUGUACCGGAGGACUAGUUGGCCGAUGUUUGUGCAUAGAUUGGAUGUAGACUGAAUGUACACUGGACAUAACUGAUUCUCGAUAGGACAUCAACUUGACAUAGAAUGGGUCUAGACUGGAAGUACAGUGGUCGUAGACUGGACAUAGACUAGAUCUACACUAGACCAACUGGUUAUAGAAGGGUCGUAGACUGGUAUGACUAGAUGUACUACCACCGGACAGUUUAUUAGGUACACCACCCCGUUCACGAAAAUGGAUCGCUCCUACAGACAGUGAGUCACGUGGCCGUGGCUUGCUAUAUAAAGCAGGCAGGCAGGCAUCGAGGCAUUCAGUUACUGUUCAGUUGAAUGUUAGAAUGGGCAAAACAAGUGACCUAAGCAACUUUGAUUGUGUUAUGAUCGACUGUGUCAGGAGCGCCAGUUCCAGUAUCUCAGAAACAGCCGGCCUACUGGGCUUUUCACGCAUAACAGUAUCUAGGGUUUACAGAUUAUGGUGCAACAAACAAAAAACAUCCAGUCAGCAGCAGUCCUGUGGGCAAAAACAGCUUGUUGAUCAGAGAGUUUGAAGGAAUCAGCAAGAGUCGUGCAAGCUAUCAUGCGGGCCACAAUCAGGCAAAUAACGGCUCAGUACUACAGUGGUUUGCAGAACGGCAUCUCGGAAGGCACAACACGUCGGUCCUUGUCAUGGAUGGUUCUAUUGCAGCAGACGACCACACCGGGUUCCACUCCUAUCAGCUAAAAACAAGAAGAAGUGGCUCCAGUGGGCACACGAUCACCAACACUGGACAAUUGAGGAGUGGAAAAACAUUACCUGGAAUAUGACAGUGAGUUCAGUUUACUUGAGUGGCCUGGUCAGUCCCUGGACCUGGACAGUCCCCAGACCUCAACCCAAUAUAACAUCUUUGUGAUGAGAUGGAAUGGGCUGUUCACAGCAUGAAUAUACCGCCAUCCAAUCUGCAGCAACUGCGUGAUGCCAUCGCGUCCACAUGGACCAGCAUCCCUGUGGAAUGUUUCCGACACCUUGUAGAAUGCCCCAAAUAAUCCAGGCUGUUCUGGAGGCAAAGGGGGGUCCGACACCGAUACUAGAUGGGUGUACCUAAUAAACUGGUCGGUGAGUGUAGACUGGACUUUUUUGUAGACUAGAUAUAAACUGGACUAAACUUGUUGUAGAAUGGAUAUGACUAGAUGUAAACUGGAUAUAGACUAGUUGUAGACUAGGGAAACUCAGCAGACUGGAGGCUAGUUAAUGAUCUUGCUUUAUUAAUUUGUUUGUUUUCUUAAAAAUGCUGAUUUGGCCAGACUAGUCUUACUGAGAGAGAGCUAUUAGUUUUAUAUGAUGAUUCGUUUAUUGUGAGUGGAUCGGCUUGGCCUUGUGGCCUUACCCCAUUGGGAUACAGCGUACAGCAAGGGCAACAUUACAGAUCGUUCAGAUAGAAAUGUAUUGUGUAGAACAGAUGAUUGUCUGUGAGAGUCAAAUAUCGUGGUAUGAUGGGGAUUAGUUUGACAUUGUAAAUCCUGGCAUUUCAGUAAACCAGGACUUUGAGAUAAGUGAAAUAAGUGCCCUUAUUUCAGUACAGUCAUUACAGUCUUAGUGGAUUUCAUGCACUCUGAGACUAAUCGAAGCACCAACUAAUGUGCUUCUACAGUACGUGUUUGCUUCAGUGUUCAUUGACCUUCCACACAAUUCUCAAUCAAUAGAUUUAAGAGGCUUACAUUAGUUUACAUAGUAGAGACAAAAUGGCUCUUCAGUAUGCCACCUAGAUAAAAAAAUAUCCUUUCAUGCAGUGUAGACCUUGAAACUUACUAGUUCUAUGUAUUUUCAACAGUUCUUUUUUUCCCCCCCAGUGUCAGUGUUGGUUCACUAUUCAGUAUUCGACGGAAUGCUCUUGUGUUCAGUCAGGUGUUAGGUAAGCAUAAAAGCUUUCUGUUUUUCUCUCUCGCAAAGUUGAAUGUUCUUCCAAAAGGUCUUAUAGGUACUUCGGUCCUGUCAUUUCACAUAGUAGUCUUAACCAGUCUAUACGUGAGUUAACAACAGUCAAUACUGCUAUUGGUGAUGAUGAUGAUGCAGAGUUCUAAUACGCUAAUGACAACAUACUGUAGUUUGGCUAUUUUGGCUGUACUUGGUAAUAUAAUGAAAAUUGCAGCAUUUUUUAAAUAAAUGUUUUGGUUUUUAUAAAUGUGCUUUACAUGUACAAUGUGCAUCCGUACUACUAACAUUGACUCAAUGUGAACAAGAUACUGUAUGUACAAAAUAUAAAUAUAUUCUGCAAUGGACAUCAUCUGCAGGUCUAAACACUGAUGUACACUUUUUCUAGCUGCUCCAUUGUGUAGUUGGUCACAAUUGUAGGUUACUGUUGUUGUUCAGUUGGUACAUUUUGUGCAAAAAAAUGCUUCUUUAUGAAAAUUGCCCUACUGGAAGCUUCUCAAAACAUCUUCUUAGCAGAGGGAAUUUUGUUCUCAACAGCGCAAUAAAUCAUCUCAACAAAUGUACUGAUAAGGGGGCUUGUUGUUUAGGACAAUGCACAAUGUGUUCUUGUCGCGAGGGAACAUAAAAUAAUGAAUUGUAUUUAUAUAGAGAGUGAAUAGUUUAUCUUUUUUUUCUAGAUGAUUAACAGGUAUUUCACGUGAAAUUUUGUCAAGUGAGUGGAAUGUUAGAAAAUAGGUCUUAACGGGAUCUGGGUUACCUAGUUUACCAUCUCUGAGAAAAAAUUAAGAAAAAAAAAAACAUGGAAAUGGGUAAAUCCAGAUCUGAAUGGGAAACUAGUCCAGAAAAUCAAAUACAAUAGAACAUUUGAAUCAUUUUAAAAGAUUUUCAAGCUCAAGAUAUCUAGACCUCUUUUGAGACAUCAGUUGAUUUUCGAAGAAAAGUCUGUUGUAUAAGCCCAGUACAUUUCAAUGGUUUUCCAGGAAAAAUUGAACUCGUUAGGAAAAAAAAUAACUGAUGCAGUCUGACAACAUUGUCAUUUUUAUUCUUUAUGAAAAAACAUAAUAUGACUGUGCUCUGCUUCUGUGUACCUAAAAAGAUGCAUUGUGGGUCAUGGGAUUAGUCUGUUUUGGUAACAUGGUUUUGUGUUCCGUACAUGGCGACGGUUUAUCGUUAACUGCAACCUGUAAAUAAUCCAUUCUGCAACACUAGACGGAUAAGAUCGGUUCCUUUGACAGAUCCAAUUGGAGUACUCAAGAAUGCUAGAGGUAUAUUUGCUGAAAAUGAUACUUUUUAAACUGGAAAAAGGAAUUAAAUAUAUUUUUCUCUUGA